GCCAUGUCGUCGCUGGCGGCGCGCAGACGCCCGGCGGCCCGGGCCGAGGGGGGAGCCCCCGCGGGAGCCCCCGCGCCCGGCGAUGCGGAGCGGGGCAUGGCGGCGCCCGGCCUCACGCUCUGCCUCAAGCUGCUGGCGGCGGCCUUCUACGGGUUCAGCUCCUUCCUCAUCGUCGUCGUCAAUAAGAGCGUCCUCACCACCUACGGGUUCCCUUCCUCGCUGUGCGUGGGGCUGGGCCAGAUGCUGGCGACGGUGGCGGUGCUCUGGGCAGGCAAGGCGCUGCGGGUGGUCAAGUUCCCUGACCUCGACAGGCACGUCCCCCGACGGACGUUUCCUCUACCUCUUCUGUAUUUCGGGAACCAGAUCACGGGACUGUUCAGCACAAAGAAACUGAACCUGCCGAUGUUCACCGUCCUGCGAAGGUUUUCCAUCCUGUUCACGAUGUUUGCCGAAGGAUUCUUGCUCAAGAAAAAGUUUUCUUGGAGUAUUCAGAUGACAGUGUUCGCUAUGAUCAUCGGCGCGUUCGUAGCUGCUAGUGCUGAUCUGGCAUUCGAUCUGGAAGGAUAUAUUUUUAUCCUUAUUAACGAUGCCUUAACAGCUGCAAACGGUGCCUAUGUGAAACAGAAGCUGGAUUCAAAGGAGCUGGGGAAAUACGGUCUGCUGUAUUACAAUGCACUGUUUAUGAUCCUUCCCACCUUGACCAUUGCCUACUUCACCGGAGAUGCGCAAAAGGCGAUGGAGUACCAGGGCUGGGCAGACACGCUCUUCAUCGUGCAGUUUAUGCUGUCGUGUGUAAUGGGGUUUAUUUUGAUGUACUCCACGGUUCUUUGCACUCAGUAUAAUUCUGCUCUUACAACUACAAUAGUUGGCUGCAUUAAGAAUAUUUUAAUAACCUAUAUUGGGAUGUUUUUUGGAGGAGACUAUAUUUUUACAUGGACAAACUUCAUUGGGCUAAAUAUCAGUAUUGCUGGAAGCCUGGUGUAUUCCUACAUCACUUUCACGGAGGAACAAAUGAGCAAGCAGUCCGAAGCUGGCAUCAAGAUGGAUAUUAAAGGAAAAAGCUCCGUGUGACCAGGGAAGUGCUUUUUUUGGAAGCAACCUAUUUCUGUUCAGCUGAUCACGGGCAGAAUGCGGGAAGGAAUCCGGGGCGCCUGCCACGGAGUAACGGCGAUGCUCUUAAUUUGCACAAUCUAGAUUGCUGCCUUUACAAAUUAUUGGGAAGAUAAGUGACUGCACGGUGAAGGAUGCAUCUAAUUAAGUCUGAUCAUGAGGAAUUAAUGGGUUUCUAAUCACGCUGAGAUUUGGCAGGAGAGACUGGCACAAGCGGUGUACACGUUUGAAUCGCGGAGGACUGUGCCAGCUCCGAGGGUUGUACCCCGAGCAUCCUUGGCUGUGUCUCGGUGCAGCUACACCCGGGCGCUGGGUGCAGGCGGGGAUGGGUGCUGGGGCUGGCUCUGCUCCGUGCCUCCCCCCCAGCCGGCCCCUCCGCCCGGGCAGCAGGAAGGGGGGACCGUGGCCCCCGGCAUGGAUGCGGCCCCAAGGGGCGGGCGAGCUCCUGCUCUCCGCAGGGAGCCGUGGCGUCGCAGCCCACGCGAGGCGAGCGCCGGUGUUCCCCCAGCGAAGCCGCUUCUGCGGGACGCUCCUGGUUUGGGCCAGACCCGCUUUGGUGAACGCUCAGUGCUCUGAACUUGCAUUGGGUCUGGUUUUUGUUCUGGUAACCCACUUCUAAAGCUGGGGUUACCCUUCUUGGUUUCAAAGAGCCCUGCAAACGUUCACCCCUCUCCUUCCCGCCCGAGGUAGCUUUUACAAGGCUCAGGGACGUUCCCGACGUGAAGGUUGUACCGGCCACCGGUGAGCUCGUCAGGGCCGGCAGCCUCCCUCGGAACAGCCCAGGGCCAGGAUCCCUUGGAUUUGGGAAAGCUGCGGCCGUGCCGGUGCCGGCCCCGGUGCAGGGACCCUGCCAGGGCACUUUGGAUCCGACGGGGAGCAGCUACGGGGUUUGCAGGAGAGCUGACGUUGUCCCCCCCCGGCACGCAGAGCCUCCUUCGGUGCAGAAAAUCUGCAGCAAAGCGAAGUCUGUUGCUCCCGCAACCCCCAUCCCACCCCUCGGCACCGUGCCCGCACCGGGACUUGGAUCGCGGCGUUUUGGCGCGUUGAUGGGGAAACUCGCGGGGCGCGUGCCCGCGCUGUGGCACCGGCACUUCAGCUUUGGCCAAGCCCUGUCCCGCAGUUCUUUUGGGUUUUUGGAUGUAGUAAGUCAUCUUCGGUUUGUGACCCGUUAAAAGAACGAGGUUUUUAACAUGUCAGGCAGUGUUAACUGAUUUUUAAAGGUUGUCUUACGCAGCACUUCUUUCUAGGUCUCUCCUUGGAUUGUCUUUUGGUUUAUAAAAAGAAUUGUUUAUAACUUUGGUUAAAAAGAAGUUUGGUAAAGCUAUGUAUUUAUGAAAUUUUUUGUAUACAUUCCUUUGGUAACCAGGAAAAGAGCUUCCAUAGACAAUAUAAUUUGUUUCUGGAAGAUAUUUGCUAAAAAAGUAACUUCUCUUUGGUGAAGCUGCAUUUAUUGCAGUGCUUAACAUUGAAGAUUUUAUACGUGACCGAGCAUUUUUCUGUGACGGUGCUGGAAGAGCCUGAUGCGCUGGUAAAGAUGCGGCCCCCUGCGUUGCCGCCUGCUCCAAACCCGUCCCUGGAGCCGUUCUGCCUCCGUACCGGAGCCGGGGUCUCCCCUUCCCUCUGGGGGUGACACUGCGUUUUGGGGGGGCACGGGAUGCCGAAUGGUGUAGCGAGGGGGUUGGUGUGGUUACGCUGUUUGUAAGGCACCCGUAACGCGCAAGCAGUGGGGCUCCCCCCUCGUAGUGCAGGAUCAGAGAAAGAAAAGGGUCCCCGAUCAUUUGUAUCGCUUCCUAAAUUUCAGUAAAACCUCGGAUUUGCAAUCAGCUGCAAAGUUCUUGUUGUAGGGAAAGAUGAGAGCUGCUGCGUGUGCAGAGGACCCAGAGCUCCAGGCAGGGGUAGCGGCCCCCCGCGCACCCCGGUCCCUGCAGCCCCCUCCAGCGCCCCGGGGCCGUACGGACCAACCCUCGGGCUGGGCUGGGCAUCCCUCUCGCUGGAACAGAAACAUUUGGAAAUCACUUUUUUGCCACGUUUGCUUGUAACUUUGCUGUGCCAAGGCGUUUGCAGUCAGGGUGUCGAUUCUGUCACAAGUUUUGUUUAUUUUUGAAUCUACUGGUUAGAUUUAUUGUCCAAACCGUAAAAUAUUUUUAAAGCUUAUUUUGUUUGUAACUGGGCACGCUUCAGUGCCAGGGUCUGGAUGACAUCGUAUACACUGGGAAAGCGAACAGAGUUCCUACAACAGUAUUUUCUAUGCUAUUAAUCGACUAAAAUUUUUUUCUAUAUAGAAUCUAUUUACAAAAUGACCAUUUUAGUGAUUAAAAGGGUGACCUUUUUAUUUGAAUGUUUGGCAGGCUUUCUAUGUCAGUCAGUGAUGAUAGCAAAAAAAAAAAAAAGGAAAAAAAAGAUUUUUAUGUGCCUAUGUAUUUUUGUACUGGCUUCAAAUAAACCAAUGCCCUUCCCUCCUCCUCCUCACCUGUCCUUCC